AUGGCCGACGCGAACAUUUCAGAGCAUGGAAGUCCAGCAAAUGAUUUGAACGAUCUUUUUGAUUAUGAUGUCGGACUGGAUGAGAUUGUCCCAGCGAACAACCAUGCCAACAAUACCAAAAUCGCUACCGCAGGGGAUUCUGCACUUGGUCUUGGCCUCGACGAAGAGGUUAAGGUCACAAAGCAACGGCAACCCGUCGCGAAACUCGAUGAAAGCCGUCUACUCUCACAAGCGGGGAUUCCCAAGCUACGGCAAUCUGCAAGACGCAAACUGAAGUUCAAAGGCAAAGGGCACGAGUUUUCGGAUGCCGCACGCCUUCUCAACUUCUACCAACUAUGGCUUGACGAUCUAUACCCACGCGCAAAGUUCGUCGAUGGCCUGGCAAUGAUCGAGAAACUGGGACAUUCAAAAAGAAUUCAGGUCAUGCGAAGAGAAUGGAUUGAUGAGGAGAAACCAAGGCCUUUUGACAGCUCCGAGCCUACGCGAGAAAUGCUUGAGGGUCUUCAGAUUCUCAAAAAUGCAACCCAUCAUAGUGACAGUAAUGCUUCGGCUUCCACAGAGCAAGAGAAGAGUGGUGACGGGGACCUAUUCAUUCCAGAUCACGAAGGCACACGACAGACUGCCAGCUACCCCGAGCCUGACGACGACGAUCUAGAUGAUCUACUCAGGGAGCAAGAUGAGCCAAUGGCCGAUCAUCCCUCUAAUGUGGCUGCAUCAUCUUCACGGCCACCGCCUGAUAAUCUUGACGACUACGACGCUGAAUAUGAAGCCAUGAAGGAACUUGGAUUGUAG